GUUAGCUAGCUAACGUUAGCUAGCUAUGGAGGAUAUUAACUCAAACAUCAACGCGGACUUGGAGGUGCGCAAGCUGCAGGACUUGGUAAAGAAACUCGAACAGCAAAACGAGCAGCUCCGUAGUCGGUCUACUCUAUUGUCUUCGUCUGGAGCAGUGUCAGGAAACCAUAGACCCCUUAGUGCUGGAUAUGACUCACCCCUGUCAGCCGCCUCGGCGGCGGGGCUGGCCGGCUUCCCUGGGGUGGGGUUCAGCGGAACGGGUGCCUAUGGAGGGCUUUUGGAAAACUCCCGUUGUUUGAGCCCCAGACUGUCAUAUGAUGGCAUCAGUUUCAGGAAAGCAUAUGAGGGCGAGGGGGCAUCGGCUGCCACCUCUUUCACUGGCAUCAAUUCGUACUUUACUGACGCAGGGGAAACACUGGGUUUUAUGGAUGAAGGGGAAACUUCAAUCUUGGAUGAAGUAGACAUCCUCGAUCUUGAAGACAUGGAUUGUCUGAACGAAGAUGAAGACAGCUGGCUGUAUGAGGCGAAGCUGAACAGCCCUUGGCAGAAAGCCUUGAGUCCCAUCGUGUGGUGUCGCCAGGCUCUGGACAACCCCAGUCCUGACAUGGAGUCAGCCAAGCGCUCCCUCAUCCACAGACUGGACCUCACCAUGUCAGCAAACAAGCGGAGGAGCCUGUAUGGAAGUCCCUAUAGUCCCCAGGUGAACUACGGAAGCCCAUACAGCACAAACACAGUGAACAGCCCCUACAGCAGCGGCUUCAACUCCCCCUCCUCCACCCCCAGCAGGGUGCCCAUCGUCAGACAGCAGCUGAUGCCCCCUCUCCACCAGGCUCACCAGCAGCAGCGUGGUGGCUCAGUAGAGAGAGAGAGGAACGCCCCACCGGUCAGCCCUCAGUCUUCAAUAGACAGUGAGCUGAGCACCUCGGAGAUGGACGAGGACUCUGUGGGAUCCUCCACCACAUACAAACUCAAUGACGUCACUGAUGUACAGAUCCUGGCUCGCAUGCAGGAGGAGAGUCUUCGGCAGGACUAUGCUGCCACAGCUUCCAGGCGUAGCUCUGGUUCGUCCUGCCACUCUCUGAGACGCAGCACCUUCAGUGACCAGGAGCUGGACGCCCAGAGUCUAGAGGAUGAUGAGGAGGCUGUACACCCCGCCUUCCACCUCCCCUCAAACCGCUUCUCCCACUCCCCCAGACACUCCCCCCGUGCCUCCCCCAGGAACUCACCCCGCUCCCGCUCCCCAGCACGCUCCCUGGAGUACAACCACAGCCGGGGCUCCCCGCAGCCAAUCAUCAGCCGGCUGCAGGCGCCACGUCACUCCCUGCAGGGCCACGCCCCCCAAGACCUGCAGACCAAUGUGGUGAAGAACGAAGAGAAGCUGGGGCGUAGUCUUCCUAACCUGACCCGCUCCAACGUGGCCCAGCAGGGCCCAGAGCCCGUCAAGAACAGCAGGAGCUGUGAGUCCAACCUGCAAGUGCCAAACGGAAGCUCACCGAGACACCAGGCAGUCAGUCAGUCUGCCAUCCCUUCUCCCAGUAAGCUGCGAACCCCAGCCACCCCGUCUCCCCUGGCCCUGAGGCAGCCUGUAAAGGCCACGUCUACCCCUGGCUCUGGAGCCUCCACCCCCACACGCUCCCUGGGCCCAGCACGCAGCGGCCUGCCCCGGCCCAGUGCAGGAGGAGGAGGAGGUGGCAUCCCUGUGCCUCGCAGCAAACUGGCCCAGCCAGUACGCAGGUCUUUACCUGCCCCUCGGACCUACAGUAGCGGAGAGAACUGGAGAGAGGGCUGCUACUGAGGAGGGGAGGGGGGCACUGUUGGGGGCACUGUUGCUCUCUCAUCAGCACAAAGAGGCAUACAAACAUUACAAUGCAGCACUUUAUCAACCAAGAUUACUUUUACCAUGAAUCAAGAAACUAUAUCAAAGACACAAGUCACAUUCUUCGUACUAUCAUGAGCAACAUGAUCUGAACAGCUGAAGCAACAUGGUGUGUGUAUCUGUGUGGAGAGGUUCUGAAAGGGCCAGGGUCCGUGCUAUUCCGGUUCCUUAGGACGUCCCUACUAGUGGCCCGCAACUGCUAAUAACCCAUCCGGAACCGCCUGACAAUAUGUGAAAAUCUGAGGUCCGCACCCGACCCUAACCCGCUAAUAUAGAAAAUGCGCUGUAUACCACAUUCGAAACCAGCUAAACUAUUUUUUGACAGGGGGUGCAGGAUUUUUUUGUUGUUGCUUAAUUUAGAUAUGUUUCUGCUUAUAAUUUCUAACAUUUUAGUAGGCUAUUUGUUAGUCAACUUGUCUAGAAUUAGAUACAUGCAGCUUCUCUUCUUUCAUUAUAUGUAGCCCUAGAAGACUAAGUAAAUUAAUCAGUAGAAUGAUCGCUUCAAUCUAGUUGACAUCGGUAAAGUUUUCUGUCAUCUGUUCCUUUUGCGGAUGAAAGACUUUUAGGGACCGGGGAGAAAAUGCAAUAACAAAAAUAUAAACAGGAACGAUUUUCUGUGCAAAAUUUUCUAAGGAAAUUUGUAAGGAAAUCGAACGCUGUGAAAAAGAGCUGUGAAAAAGAACAACGUCAUAUUUCUCCACUCCUGUUCCUGAGUCAAAAUGUUGCCUACAUUUGGUGUAUAAUUUUACUUCAGGAAAUGCUUAAUUCUGCAGGAGUUAAUAUUAAGGCUAUGUGGGAGGUUGUGAUUGUCAAAUUUGUGUAGCGUCUCAAUCAUACGUAACAUAAACAUAGGUUUAGGGUAGGGAUGUCCCAAGGGUCCUGUAUAGCAUUGACCAAGGGGCCAGGCAGGGCUGGCAUGCGGAAGGGGCCAGGCAGGGCUUGCAUGCGGAAGCCCAGAGAUGCCAAAGAAACCAGCCGAGCUCCAGCUUCACUGCGCCUCCAGAGGGCACUGUCACAUGCCUCGGGGUGUCUGUUCAGCCAUCAGUCAAUCACACAAUGCUUCUCUCCAUCUCUCCCUUACUCCUUCCCUCGUCUCUUUUAUCUUUUCACCUCCCUCAGGUUGAAAUGUUUCUACACAUUUCUCUUUUUGCAGUCUGUUCUUAACAGAUGCCUUGGUCAGAGAUCUCUAUGAUGAUGCUGUGCAGGUGAAGUGUUCCCUUAAUGUUAAAGAAAUGUUGUGAAUGUUUUACGAAGUGAGCUCACCUCUGUAUGGUUGUGUUGUCAAAUCAUAGUUUUUGUUCACUUGUGAAACAACUAGAAUGUAUUAAUGUUUGUUUGGGACAUUAUUUAUUCAAAUAAUUAUUUAAAGAGUUCCUUUUCCAAAUAUACAUUUUCAGCAUUCGUUUUCUAUUGAUUUGAAUAAUUUGUAAGAAAUUAACAUUUUGAACCUCAACUGCAAAGCUUAUUCUCCAAAGUCUUUUUAGAUGGUUUAAUAACAGGACAUUUGUGUUUUUAUGUUGAGAACUGGUAGAAACAGGCCAAAGCCCCAUCUCUGACCUUAACCAUAACUAUGGCUUAACCUGGACUGACUAUCACAUAUUUUCCAGAGCUGGGUAGUCAGUAGUCAUGUCAAACUGGGCCAAUCACUGGUAGCCGUCACAAUCUCACUCCAAAUCUACUUCUGGAUUGGUUGGUUAGUUCCAUCUGCUCUCCCACAUUAGAUUAAUGUGCAGUUACAAUAUCUACUGUAUAGUCAGACAUGCUCCCACUAAAACAUAUAGAAUUCCACACUUGUAACCCUGAGAUCUGAGCAUGCAGCAAAGGCUUGAUGUAGUUCAUUUAAAACCUGCAACAAUAUUGUGUGAGUGUAUGUUAUGUCAAGAUGGAGAGAAUAAAUGAUCAUGACAUCUUAAGUAAGAUAAUAAUGGAAGUUCAAUAAGUUAGUGGCCAUUUGCCUCUUGUGCUUUAAAAUGAAUCAAAGAGGAGUGCCGAGAUUCAUAGGGAUGGUAUUGGUGUGCCAGAAAUUAUCAAACUAGUGCCUAUUCAUUUAAAGUUUCACUUUAUUUUGAAUGUGCUUUUAUUUGUUCAUUUAUCAUUAUGUGCCAAUAAUGUCUUGGUUUACCAAUAUAAUUUGUGUCUUUGCAUUUCUGCUUGAUUUUGUAAUUGUAUCAACAAUGCAUUUAUAAUUGCUUGUGUAUAAUAUGCGCCAUGAUAUUUAUAACAAAUGACUCUCAUUCUGUAAAUGAAACUAUUUAAGAGAGAGGUGCCUCUGUAUGUCAAGGUUUGGAUUUAGUGGAAAACUUGGCUAGUGUUGCAAAAAAUACAUGCUUCACCAUUUUGGGAUAGUUUUUGUUAAUUCACCUUUUUAUAUUCACCAACAUGACAUUCGGGGUUGGAUUCAAUUCGUAUUGCAUAAGCAUCGCGGAAGAUCCGUGUUGAAAUUUAAAGGCAAUGUUCCCGCGUCCACAGAGACUAUGUUCUACAUUCACGCUGCAUAUGUCGGUUCAAUCGGAAAUUACCUUUACAUUACAUUAACACGGAUGUUCUGCGAUACGGGUUGAAUCCAGGCCUCAGAUUCCCUGUAUAAACUCACAUUUCAAAUUUAAAAAGUUGAGAAACUGCUGUCUACUGUGUCAUGAAUGGGUCAAUUUUAUUAUGGUUGGGGCCAAUUUCAUUCAAACUCUUGUCAUUUCAGUCGGGGCCGGCGCCAGAAG